CAGUCAGCUCUGUUCCAACCCCGUUGGAGUUCGGGGGACUUUUUCCACCCAAACUACCAGGGGCAUGAAUUAUUUAGCCUACAUAGACAAGUCACCGUACAGCGCAAUUCUAAACCCUUAAUUUCUGUAGUUCUUGUUCCUGAUGAGGAGUGAGAAACUUUUCUUUGUUUCAUCUCCGUGAUGGGUCUGUUUUUCUUUACAAAUCCUUUGGAGGAAGUUUGUAGCCGCCACAGAAGACUGAAGCGUGAUCUGCUUGUCUGUACAAUUGUCGGCUUGCCUGUGCGACAGGAGAGAAGAUAAGUUGUAGGUUACGGCAGCACUGGGAGAGGGUGUGGGGGGUUGGGGGAAAUGCUACCGCCUGUACAAUGAUUAGCAGGAAAUGGGCUCGCUAGCCAGAACUCGGCUUUAGAUUUUGGUUUUCACUAUGCUAAUUCCCUAAAGGGUAAUCCCCCCUCUCAGGUCCCCUCCCCCCGCAAAACGAGAAUAUCAAAAGGAUAAUACUGGAGAAGCGGAAUCUGAAAAGGAAAAGUGGGUUCUGGGAGUUCGGAGUUGCUCCUACCUACGGGAAAACAGCUUGCCGAUGCAAACUGGGAGCCUGGGGAAAUAUAGGCUGGGUUUAAGCAACCUGCUACUGGGAUUUAGACAAAGAAGGUUUGAGAGAGGCAGGCAAGCAGGCAGAGGAAAGAGGAGGGAACGGUUCCUAAUGUCAGCCCGGGAAGGGAAAGAGCAGCCAGGCUCGUUGAAAGAGAUGGAAAGUGAGCACCCUGUGUCCUCCUGGGCGGAAGAGGCAGCUGUUUGGACCAAAAUACCAACUCAGGUGGAAAAAAAGUAAGUUGGAAGCAAGCACUUCAUGAUUUUGACUAGCUUUGAAACAUGCCUUCGUUGAUGCAUUAUCUUUUUGUAGUUCCUAUUUUUACUGUAGUCUUUUUUAUUCUGGUCUACAUGUUUAAUAUCUAUAGUGAUCAAAGCCUUCCGAGGCUAAAUAUAACAAACACUUUAGUUCUAGCUAAAGUCUGCAAUUCGUUUAUCAAAGGGAAAACCGCUUUCCCGUUGGAAAAUACUCUAACAGUAUCUGGGAAAUCUUGCAAGGAAUACUUGCUCCAAAGUCACUACAUAACAACUACGCUUUCAAAAGAAGAGGCUGAGUUUCCUUUGGCUUAUGCAAUGGUCAUACAUAAAGAUUUUGGAACCUUUGAGAGACUCCUGAGGGCGGUUUACAUGCCCCAAAAUGUUUACUGUGUUCAUGUGGAUGAGAAGGCAACAGCUGAGUUCAAAGAUGCUGUGGGGAGAUUGGUGAGCUGCUUCCCCAAUGCUUUCCUUGCCUCCAAGAUGGAGCCAGUUGUUUAUGGUGGAAUAUCCAGGCUCCAGGCUGACCUGAACUGUAUGAAAGACCUUGUAGCCUCUCAGAUUCAGUGGAAAUACCUCAUCAACACCUGUGGGCAGGAUUUCCCCCUGAGAACCAACAAGGAAAUAAUCCAGCAUUUGAAAGGAUUUAAAGGGAAAAAUAUCACCCCUGGGGUGCUGCCUCCUGCACAUGCCAUUGAAAGGACAAAAUAUAUCCAUAGAGAGCAUCUGGGUCUAGAGGCAUCUUAUGUAAUAAACACCCAAGCAUUAAAAUCCCCACCUCCACACAAUUUGACCAUUUACUUUGGCUCUGCUUAUGUUGCCCUUACAAGGGAAUUUAUCAAUUUUGUUCUCCAAGAUCAACGGGCCAUUGAUUUCCUGCAGUGGUCUAAGGACACCUACAGUCCUGAUGAACAUUUCUGGGUGACACUCAAUAGGAUUCCAGGUGUCCCUGGAUCAAUGCCAAAUGCAUCUUGGGAAGGAAAUCUCAGAGCUAUAAAAUGGCAUGACAUGGAAAAAGACCAUGGAGGCUGUCAUGGUCACUACAUACAUGGCAUUUGCAUCUUUGGAAAUGGUGACUUAAAGUGGUUAUAUGACUCCCCAAAUAUGUUUGCAAACAAGUUUGAGCUUAAAACAUAUCCACUAACUUUAGAAUGCUUGGAACUGAAACUUCGGGAGAGAGCCUUAAACCAAAGUGAAACUCCAAUAAGAUCAAGUUGGUAUCUUUGAUCCUCUGCAACUCUGGAUUUAAAGGAGUCAAGAUGGCAACAAAAGCUUAAUGACUUCAAGUUUGGAAAGGAAGCUCUUUGUUGUGAAAGAACAAAGUCACAGUUUUUAAGGACUGGUUAUAAAAUGAAAACAAAAUGUUGGCCAAAGCAGAAGCUGGUUUUCCAGCAAUGAGCAUGGACUGGAUAGGUACUUGGACACCUGUGACUAUUUCAUUCUAAAAAUUUCACAUAUUAAUAUGUAAUUUUAAAAAAUAAUUGGACCAUGAUUUUACAUAAGACCCUUGUUAUAGCUGCAUAUCGGAUAUCCAAAGCAUACUGAGAUAGAAAGAAAAAGAAUGAAUGCUCUUGUUCCUGUGUCUUUGACAAAGCAAAACAAGUUCACCCCUAAGAAGGAAUUAUUUCUGGUUUAUAGUAGUGCCACAGUGAGGUGUCUAAAUAUCUUGUUCUUCCUAGUGCAUAUAUGCUUAGCAAUAACUAGAUAUCUGGCUCUCUUUCCCCCUGUUACAAUUAAGGCCAUACAUUGGUUCUUUUAGUACUAGUGUUUUGGGUUUUCUGUUAUUUAAAAAUUAUGUAUUUCAUAAUGUUUGCAGCAGAUCAUAGAGCAAGGCUUGAAACACUGAAUGCUUUUGGUUUCAUUGAAAAAAAAGGUCUGUGAAAUUGUGCUUUCUCUUACAAAUUCUAGGCUUUUCUGUAUCCUUGACUCUCUUCUAUAUUUACUCGUGGAGCAAGGAAUUAAGAUGCCAGCCUGGGAAUUUGUUGGUGAGCCGCUGUGAAAUGAAGAAAAUUUCAGCUUUACUCAAGCGUGGGUUUCUAUUCUCUGUGUGUAUGGAGAAGACAAUGCACUUUUAUAUUUGAAGAGGAGUAAAUCCCUAAGUGCUGCUUGAGCUCUCUGUGGCAUCAAAGUUAAUCACUACACCAUUCUGUGUUUCUUUCUAUGCCUUCUUAAUAAUAGCAUUCUGGAAAGUAGAUUGUACUCUGUCUAGCAGAGCUUUACCUUGAGCCACUACUAAAUAGUUUUUGCCAGGUUGUAUCAGCUAUAGGAAUAUAAAGUGAUAGAUUUUGUUUCUAUCCUCUUUUUUUACCUUUCAUGUAGUAAAGCAAAAUAAGCAAUUCUGAGCAUUCAUUCACAGGAAGAAGAUUCUCAGGCCCUGAAAACUGAGGCAGUUACCUCAGCACUAGGAAUUAUAGAGGUUCAAUUGUUGUUCAUUCUUCAGCGAUGACUUGAGCAUGAGUUGGAUUUAGAUGAGGCAGAGUUGCACAAAGAUGGUGGCCUCACUCUCUUUCCAGAGUUAUCAAAGUCCAGUGGCAAGACAAAAGUCAGGACAGCUGGUGAUGGCCCAAGAUGCAGUGGACAACCUUGGUUUCUUUGAAGUCUGACCAAGCUCUAAGUGCUUCACAGCACCUGCUUUAGUUGCCAUCAUGGCCAUUAGGAUAAAUUGUUCUCUUGCAUCCAUUCUGCUGGGGGAAGUCUUCACGUACUUGGAGUAGACAUCUUCUGAAGUCACUGAGGAUUUGAGACCUGUCAGUUACCCUCAGCCUAUUUUAGUCUGUUUGCUGAGAUGGUUUUACCAGGACAUGGCCACUGCACAUGCUACAGUUUCUUGCAACCACAGGUGAGAGCUGGGUGGCAUAUGGACACCAAAGGUGGCUGAACAGCUCUAAAAAGAGCUCAACAAAUCCUCACAUCAGAGAUUCCAGCCCUCCCUGCACACCCCUGUAGAGGUUCUACAGAAUUGCAGUGAUAAGUGUAUCCUCAUCUGAAUUUUCCAGAUUUGUUAUUGGACCAUGGAGGCUUCAGGUUAGAAACCAGUUUGAGACCAGGAAUUGAAGGGAGUACUUAAGGAAAACAGACAACCACCUUGUGAAGAAAUAUUACAGGUUCUUGAGUAACUGGUUUUUCCUAUUAAAACAUUCUAUUCAUUUCUUGAUCUGGAACCUACUCAGAAGGCAAAUAGAAGUGAUAAUUCUUCUUUUAUUAGAGGAAUCAACCAUUUUGCAUUCUGCUAUAUAUCAUCUUAGUCUAUUUUACUGUGAACAGAAUGUGUUCCCACUAUGACAAAAGCCACCUUUCUCAGUAAUAUUUAAUUGAAGUCUGUGUUGAUAUCCCAUCAAUCCUUUAGAUUCCUACUUUUUUUUUCCUGACUAAAAUUCUUACUAGAGAACCAAUGGUAUUUAUAUAAGAAAACUGUAUUUUUCUUCUGUAAUCUAUGCUUGUCACAUUUAAGAGGACCAACUUUGCCAAAGUAUGACUUUUUCUGUUAAUGAAAAAAAAAUGUGACCAAUGGGGGGGAGGGAUAAGUAAAUUGUAACCAGCGAUAUUAGAAAAUAGAUUCUGAAGAUAUAAAUAAAUAAGCUGGAAACAAAAGGAUGUUUUAUACACUGGACUUUGGGAGGAGAAAUCUUUCAGGAAUAGAUGUUUACACUUUAGCUAUAGCUCUCCCACACACUUUUCAGGGGUAAGGGGAGGCAGUAAGGGAGCUUCUAGCUGAUAGAUGAUCACUGGUCUCCUUGGUGUGCCCUUAAGCUACUGAUUAUAUUGUUGUUUUGAAUGGCUUUUAUGUUGUAUUUUCAUGGAAAUAAAUUAAUAUAUUAAUUUCCACCUUUAUAGGACAAUGUGUAGAAUUUACUGAUAUUGUUAAUUGACUGUUUGGUUAAAAUCCUUUGAAAAAGGCUAUUAGCUGGAGGCAGUUCUGGCAUAAAAAUUCACUGAUCAAAAUAAGUUGAAAUGAGAAGAGCCUUCUUUAAUUUGCUGGGAAUAAUUCAAAGUCUCCCCAUCAGUGUGAUAUGAGAAGUGGUUUAAGACACUGGUGAUAAACUCAUAGAAAGAGUUAGUGCCCUAGAAUAUAUGUAAGCAUCCCUGAGGGCUGCAUAUUGACUUAGGAAACUAUAUAUUGACAUUAUCUUUGUUUUUAUAUAUUUUAUUAAACAUUUCCCGGUUCAUUUUAAUCUUGUUCAGGUACCAUACAUGCCAUAAUCUUAUUUUUGACGCCUCUGGACCAAUAGCUAUCAUGACAGAAAUACAUAAAUGGAAAGAGAUGGACUAAUCACAUAGCAAGAACAAGGGAAAGCCUAUAUGGUCCAUUAGAAUUAUACAAUGUCAGCAGAACAUGAGGAAGAUUCUCAGCACAGUGGAUGGACAUGGCAAAUUUAUGGGUGGACAUAAAAGGUACUUACAGUGGGUGGGGGACCAUGGAUAGGUUUCAGUCUUCACCAUUGGAGGGAAUUAAUGACAUUGAUGAGCUCGUAGAAUUUAGGCAGCUAUGAGGCACAGUGGAUAGAGCACAAUGGACUUGUAAUCAGAAAGACCUAAAUUCAAAUUCGGUCUCAACAACUUACUGGCUGUGUGACCUUGGACAAGUCACUUAACCUUUCAGCCUGGGUUAACUCAUCUAUAAAAUAUAAAAUGGAAAUUAUAAUACUACUUAUCUAUCUUUCAAGGUUCUGAUGAUAAUAAAAUGAAAUAAUAGUUGCAAAAUGCUUUUCAAACCUUAAUCAGUGGUAUAUUGGAAUUGGCUCUAACCAAUUUAAAAUUUUCAUUGUGGAGGGCAGCUAGGUGGCUCAGUGGAUUGAGACCCAGGCCUAGAGAUCAGAGGUCCUGGGUUCAAAUUUGGACUCAGACUCUUCUAGCUGUGUUAACACUGGCUAAGUCAUUUAACCCUCAUUACUGCUCUAAGAAUGAGCAUUUACAUCUUGGAUAGCAACAAAUGCUAAGAAAACAGGGGGUUGAUUAAUUGUUUGUUGAUGGUCUAUAUUUUUAAGAGUGAUGCUUAAAAUGCAGAUUAAACUUAAUCAGGUUAAACUUUAAAAUGUAUCCUGGCUACAGUUUGGUUUUUUUUCCCCCCUUAAGCCAUCUGGUUGUUAAACUUAUCAACACAUCCCUGUUUAAAGUGCUCUAUAAAUGCUACCUAGUAAUUAUUAUCACAGAUAGAUCCCUUGGAGUCCUAACUAUUUCAAAAUUAUUUCAAUAUUUUAAAGAUCUUCCAAGCGACUGAUACAUCACAAGACAGUGAUAUUAUUUUGUUUUUUUAAUCAUUUAUUGUAGCUGAUAAAAUUUAUCUGGUGACAACCCUCUAAAGAUAAGCCUUUCUAAACUUACCUUAGCCAAGUCCGACACCAUAUCUUAUUGAGUCAUUACCUGAAGCCUUUCUACCUUGAGAGAACUUGUUACUAUUUAGGUUCUGCUGCUUUACCUUUUGACUAAACAUUUUUUUAAAAAGCAUUAAAUACUCACACUAUGCUAAACACUAGUGGUAUAAAUGUAAAGACAGAGGAAAUCCUUGUCCUCAAAAAGGUAAAAUGCUUAUGAGUGAGACAGCAUGCAGGAGAGUGAUGGCAAGAAAUGAGUAUUUUGAUUUCAGAAAGAUACAGGUGGUGAGUGGAUCUAUAGUCAGACAAGGUUGCCACAUUUUUUCCAGUAGCAGUGAUGGUUUGAUUAUGGUUGCAGAAUUACGAAGUGAGAUUGUGGGAAACAUCAGGACAAUAAAUGAAACCUAUUUGGGACUACCUAACUAUAGUGUGCUAUCUCCCAAGGUGGUUGUGACAAAAGAAUGAGACAGUAUUUGUAAAGUGCAUUUCUAACUUUAUCCAGUGAUGUGCUGGAGCUGGCUCUAACCAAUUAAAAUUUUUCAAUGUGAGCAUUUACAUCUCUGAAAUCAGUAAAUGCUAAUAAAAAGAAUAUUGAUUUA